UGGGCGUGGCUGAAAGAUUGCUAAAGUAGAUCGACAAGCUAGUAUACGUACCUAGUACUAGUACUGCAGUGAGGCCGUACAGUGUAGUCAAGAGCUUCAGUCCCAAGCUAGAGAGAGGAGAGUGAUAGAAGACUGCCCACACAACCACCAGGCUCAUAUAAUGAGCAACUCAGAUGAAGCCAAGAAAAAUGCUCGUAAAAACAUUCUCCAGGCGAUUGGUGGAUCCACGAGCCCCCCUCCCCCCAAGGUUGCCAUGACGAUCCCGCCCCCUCGUGAACCCUCACCUGAUGAUUUGGCACUAGACAACAAGUUGCGAGUAGCAAAUGCAAUCAAAACUCUUCAGUCAGAGGUGAAGAAAGAGCCACGCCCACUUCCCCCGGCCAUUAAGCCCAGGAAGUCCCCCAACAGCUCUCCCUCGAGCUCACGUUGUCAGUCCCCUUCCCACACCAAGACCCUACCCCCUCGUCCCCCGCCCCCUAAAGCACCCCCCAGACAAUCUAGCCUGGAUGUGGGGGACCGUCCCUCAUCAGUGUCCCCUCCUGGCAGUCCGAUGAGACGAAGGUCAAUCGAUCACAAGAUAGCAGAAAGACCAAAACCACCUACUAGGAGAAGGAAGAAAUUCAAUACUCCCGACAAUAUUGCAGAGGAAGAGGACAGUCGAGGAGAACCGUCCAAUCAGAAUGAGUCGCUAGACGUUGCCGAGGAAACGUGGGAAGUCAUACCGCCCGGGAUAAAAAUAUCAGACGAAGAUUUGCGAAAUUCAACUGUUAAACAUUCAAGUCCUGUUAUAGUUGCCGUUGAUGAGGUUGAAGGUCACCCUCAAGGGACAACAGUAGGGGUCAAAGGUCAGGUUGAAGCCCCACCCACUGGGAAUAAUACAGCACCAAAUGGCAAUCUUCUGAGCAAUGACAAUUUCGAGCAGGCAGUUCGUGCACUGAGUGUUAAGAAGAAGAAACCACCUCCCUUGAAGCCAAUACCUUAUAGUGAGAAGAUUCCGCCCCUUCCGCCCAAAAAGAAGAAAACUGUUCAUAUUUAUGCUGAACCUGAGACAUUUCCCACGGAGGACGAGUGUAACUAUAGUGACCAUGACGACGAUGACGUGGUGGGGGGUCAUCUGUAUGAGACCAUCGACAGGAGUAAUCUCAAGAGUCGUCCUGAGAACCUGGCUGCUAGGCAACUGCCGAGUGUGACCUCUGUGGACUCGCUGGAGGAGGGAGUGGAGCGCUCCUCCACUAUGGGCACUAUGAGCACAGUAGACCGGCUUAUCCUGAGAGGUAGUGGGCGGGGCUCCACAACAAAGUCACGCCCACUCAGUGAGGUGUCCAGUGCGAGUAGCCGAGACCUAGAGGCUUCCUUUGAGGUCAUCCCUAACAGAGGUAGCAAUAUCGAGGACGUCAUGUCAACUCUCAGACAGGCAGACGAGAAAUACCAGGACGCCUCCAUCUACGAGCUCAUCCAAGCGUGCUCUCGAGCCAUGCCUCACGUCACUUCCACCUCAGAGCUGCCGCCACGUAUUCCUGACUUCCCUGAGGAGGGAGCUCGGAACAAUGUCAUUCACGAGAUCUACACGACUGAGUAUACGUAUGUACGCAGUCUGGAGGUCCUCGUUGAUGUGUUUAAGGACAACCUCGCUCCACUUCUGGGGGACGAGACUAGUCACAUCUUUGCUAACUUGGACAACAUCUUGGCAUUCAACAAAGGAUUCAUUGCUCUGCUACACAGUCGUCUCAAAGAAUGGACUCCCGAGAGCUGUGUGGGAGACAUCUUUAUCGGCAUGUUCACACAGUCCCACAAGAGCAUGUACGCCAUUUACUGCAGUAACUUCGACACUGCAGAAGCUCUAGUGAGCAAACUAAAGACAAAGAGGAAAGAUUUUGAACAACAACUUCAGAUGUGCUGCUCCAACAGCCGAGUGUUGCCUGGGCUAACGCUAUCUGCCUACCUCAUCACACCAGUCCAGAGGAUCACUCGCUACAAUCUACUGCUCCAGACUAUUUUCAAGAGAACACCAGCAGAUCACCCUGACUACCGCAACCUCUCCAAGGCUCUCGAGACUAUGAAUGAACUAGCACACUAUAUCGAUGCUCAAGUAUCAGAAGCUCAGACUAAGAAAACUCUUGCAUCACUCAAGAAUAAAGUCCACGGCCUUGCUGACCUGGACUCCCCCUCACGUAGCCUCGUGAAGGAUGGACAAGUGUACCUAAAAAACAUCAAGAAGUUAUAUCAGUGUAUCUUAUUCAACGACCUCCUAGUGUUUGCUCAUGGUGACUCCAAACAGAGUAAGGUGGAGUUACAGUUGAACCUUGAGGCAGUCUGGGUGGAGGACUUGGAGGACCUUGAUCCCCAGACAAGCAACGAGGAUGCCAUAGAAGUGUACACCCCCGAGCGUCCCUACACCAUAUACACACAGACACGCAACGAGAAGCGACUCUGGUUGACUAAACUCAGAGAGACCAUCUAUCAUCACCUGCUAGGUAAGGAUCGCAUCAGCCCCUCCAAUACCUUCAGUAGUGAGGGGAGGUUCGCUAACUUCAUAUACUCCAAUGGUAGAGUCUACGCUGGGGACUUUGUGGACGCUAAGCGUCACGGGAAGGGCACAAUGACGUGGCCUAACAAGACUCUGUAUGUGGGCGACUGGGUGGAUGACGAACGUUGUGGCGAGGGAGAGUUCACGUACAACACUGGAGAUGUGUACAGAGGGAGGUGGUCGGAGGACAAGCAGAAUGGAUUUGGGGAGCUCAAGUUCGUGUCCAAUGAUGUGUAUCGUGGCUAUUGGAAAGAUGGCGUCCGAAAUGGCGAUGGCAAGAUCUUGUACGCCAAUGGAGAUACAUUUGACGGACACUUCACUGUCGGUCAUAUUGAGGGGAGGGGCGUUCUCAAGUGCCAGAAUGGUGUCGAAUACAACGGUGAAUGGAAACACUCUCAACGACAGGGCAAAGGUCGUCUGCGGACUUCCACUGGUAAAUUGUACCGAGGAGAUUUCCAUGGCAACCAGAUACACGGCACAGGGACCAUGACCUUUCAAAAUAAGGACACUUACGAAGGACGAUGGAAAAAUGGAAUGCGUCAUGGUAACGGGAAGCUGACGUCACGUACUACGGGUGUGUAUGAGGGCUCAUGGGAACAGGACCUUCGUCACGGCAAGGGACGGCAGACUUACCCUAAUAAUGAUGUCUAUGACGGACAGUGGGAGAAUAACAAGCGUCACAUCAAAGGGAAGCUAACAUUCUCCGACGGGCGUUCCUAUGAUGGCCAGUUCUACUAUGAUCUGAUCCAGGGGGAAGGGCUGAUGGAGUACAGCAAGGACGCCAAGUAUCACGGCUCUUGGCUCAACGGACUACACCAUGGUUACGGGUCUUGUGUGUUUGAAGACAAGAGUAGCUACACUGGAGACUGGCAGUACGGGCUCAGACAUGGACAAGGGGAAUAUGUCAUGGCAGAUGGCUCAGUGUACAGAGGUCAGUGGGCUAUUGACAAACCACAUGGCAAAGGAACAUUGUCCAUUCCCGUGAGCAAGUACAACUACACAGGUGACUGGGUGGCGGGUAUGAGAGAGGGGCGUGGCGAUGAGCAGAGUCAGUAUGGACAAUACAAGGGAGCAUGGAAGGCAGACACCAAGACUGGCUAUGGGGAAGAGCGUACUCUUGUGGGCACCAUCUUUGAGGGCACUUGGGAGCGGAACAGGAAAAAUGGACGUGGCGUCAGAAGAAUGAUUUUCGGAGCCGUUGACGAGCAGUUUUGGAAGACUGGGCAGUUGCAUUCAGACCCUGAGAGAAUGACUGCCAUAGAACUACCAUUUUUAAACAGGAGUGAUGUGUAGCCGCUGCUUUUUGUGUGUGUGUGUGUGUACGUUGUUAAGAUAUUGUGUGCGUGUGUCAAUCUCUGGUAUCAAUAUGAAGUGUCUUGAAGAACUUGA